AUGGGCGAGGGGAUGAGCACUGGGAUCGGCAGCGGGGUCAGCAAUGGGAUCAGCACUGGGAUCGGCAUUGGGAUGCGCGGGCCGGCUCUGCCCCCUGCCGGCACCGCCCGGCACCGCCGCGCCCGGGAGCCCCGGGGGUCGCCCGGAGGAGCCGCAGGGACCGGGGACAUCGCGGGAAGCGCUGUGCCUGCGCGGAGGGCGUGGAGCUGGGCGGCGAGGCGCUGCGAGGAAGACCCCGUGGAUCAGUGGUUGUGGAUCAGGGAAGUGCCUUUGGAAACACCCACUGUCCUGAGAGCGGACCCCGUCCCGCACCCUGCAUCCCGUCACUGCAGGCUCUGGGCUCCCCCGGACACCGCGCCCGGGCCCGUCACACCUGGGCACGGCCCCGUGACACCUUCCCGCACCCUCCGAGCCUCGGUUGAUCUGCAGCUUCGGGUGCCCAACGAGGACUGUGCCGUGACCCCGAGCACUGCACCCCCGAGCACCGCCUUGGGCACGGCAUCCCCCGCAGCACCCCGACGGCUCUCCCUUCCCGCAGCCUACCGCACGGACGAGGGGCAGCCAUGGGUCCUGCCGGUGGUGAAGAAGGUGGAGCAGAUGAUCGCCAACGACAACAGCCUGAACCACGAGUAUCUGCCCAUCCUGGGCCUGCCCGAGUUCCGGGCCAACGCCUCCCGGAUCGCCCUGGGUGAUGACAGCCCCGCCAUCAAGGAGAACCGGGUGGGGAGUGUUCAGUCCCUGGGCGGGACGGGCGCUCUGCGGAUCGGAGCAGAGUUCCUGAGGCGCUGGUACAAUGGCAACAACAACACGGCCACCCCAAUCUACGUCUCUGCUCCAUCCUGGGAGAACCACAAUUCUGUGUUUAUGGAUGCUGGUUUCAAAGAUAUUAGAACCUAUCACUACUGGGAUGCUGCCAAGAGGGGUCUGGAUCUCCAGGGGCUGCUGAAUGACAUGGAGAGCGCCCCGGAGUUCUCCGUUUUCAUCCUCCAUGCCUGUGCACACAACCCAACAGGCACAGACCCUACCCCCGAGCAGUGGAAGCAGAUUGCUGCUGUCAUGAAGCGCCGGAGCCUGUUUCCAUUCUUCGACUCGGCCUACCAAGGGUUUGCCUCUGGCAGCCUGGACAAGGAUGCCUGGGCUGUGCGAUUCUUUGUCUCCGAGGGCUUUGAGCUCUUCUGUGCACAGUCGUUUUCCAAGAACUUUGGGCUCUACAAUGAACGGGUGGGGAACCUGACCGUGGUGGGGAAGGACGCGGACAACGUGAAGCGUGUGCUGUCCCAGAUGGAGAAGAUUGUGCGCACCACUUGGUCCAACCCUCCCUCCCAGGGAGCGCGCAUUGUGGCAACUACGCUUUCUUCCCCGCAGCUCUUUGAUGAGUGGAAGGGCAACGUGAAGACAAUGGCAGAUCGGGUGUUGCUGAUGCGGUCGGAGCUCCGGUCUCGACUGGAGGCCCUUGGCACCCCAGGCACCUGGAACCACAUCACAGAGCAGAUCGGCAUGUUCAGCUUCACGGGGCUGAACCCUAAGCAGGUGGAGUACAUGAUCAAGGAAAAACACAUCUACCUGAUGGCUAGUGGACGCAUCAACAUGUGUGGUCUAACUACCAAGAACCUGGACUAUGUGGCCAAGUCCAUCCAUGAAGCUGUCACAAAAAUCCAAUGAAGCCACAUGAACAACCAAACUUACAUGAAGUCACCAAAGCUAUAGUGUGUAGUCCAUGUCUUUCUCUGCUCAUGGCUUGCCUUUUCCCACACCUCUUGGGGUUUAAUAAAGAUGGGAGCAGUAGCUCAAUCAGGGAUAAUUGUCUUCUGACAUUUUUUGAGUGGUCCUUGCAAUAUGGUAAGCCAGUGCCCCCAGGAGGUGGGGACAGCAUGAGCC